ACCUACAUGUUCCAUGUAGCAUAAAUGAAUAAACGAGAUAUGAAAGCAUGACACAAAAUGCCAAAAAGGCGCUCUCUUGAGAGUGUUUCGAGAGGUUUCUCGAAUGGUCAGUUUGAGUUUACUUUUGGCUGCCAUCCUGUCGAGAGUUCUUUUUUUUUUGUGUGCUUUUGUUAUUCAUGGCUUCGUUCAUACAGUUCACAGAUGACUUGAUGAUGUUUCAACGCUUUCAAGACUUUUUUUUUUAUCGCCUCACUGUUUUGACAGUUCAUGAAAUCAGCAAACCAUCAUUCACUCUUAGACUGCUCAUAUUUACUUCAAGUUGAGGCGUGUGUUCCCGCAUCAGAUUGUUAUUAAUCAGGUUAUCUCAAAGAAAAGACGGAUGUGCAAAAGACGCAAAAAGCAAAGCGACUUUGGUCUGAACUCAUUCAUUUCAUGUUGUUUGUUGGUUGAUCGUGAACCCACAUCAUGUCAAAUUACUCAUAAUCGUUGUUAAUGCUCGUUAUGCGCGAAGACUGGUCUGCUUCGUAUGAAAAAUGAGUUCAACAAUGGAAGCAGAUUACUCGGUCUGGUGCGGCAAUUAUUUAUAUUAUAUUAUGUUGUAUGCGCGAAAAGACAAGGCAACUGGGCAAGAAAGAGAGAAGCACGUCUGUGAAUGGUUUACAUCAAGACAAGCAAAGAGAAAUGAACUUCUUGUGACAGUCAAAAACUUUUUCACUUGGGGAAAUGGGCUAAGUGAUGGAGAAGUUUCGAUCAGCGACACAUUUAUUGAAUGUGUUUUACAUCCUGCAUCGAAUCCAAUAAUAAAUAUCAAUCAUAAUACACAAUUUGAGGGAUAUGUAGCCUAA